CCUCAGCAGUUAGAAGGAAGAGUGAAGAAAGAGACAAAGCGUGGAGUAGGAUGGGUAGGAAGUUUUGACUUGAGUGAUCAGAAAAGAGGAUUGCCUGACUCAAAGACGCUACAUCUUCAGCUGACAGCAUGUCUUCUUGCAAGCCGGAGGAGCAGUUGGCCUACGAGCUGAGCUGUCCCAUCUGCCUCCAGCUCUUUUCAAACCCUGUGGUCCUCCCCUGUGGCCACAACUACUGUCUAUCCUGUAUUUCUGACACAGCAUUUGCCGCCAUGAAGCAUGACAAAAUGCCUCCUCGUUGCCCUGAGUGCCGUGAGGAGUUUGAGAGUGUGAGCACCCUGCAGAAGAACUUCAAACUCUGCAGCAUCAUCGAGGGAUACCGAGCCACCGUUCCCCUCAUGAACAGAGAGUGCGACACUGAGCCGGAGAGGAUGAGGGUUUUCUGUGACCACUGCAUCGACGAGCAGUGUCCAGCUGUGAAGUCUUGUCUGAAGUGUGAGGUGUCGCUGUGUUCCCGGCACGUCCAGAGACACCAGGAGAAGGACUCGUUCAGGGGUCACACUUUGGUGGAGCCAAUGGAUGAGCUUGGGAUGAGGGGCUGCACAAUCCAUCAGUGUCCCUUUGAGUACUUCUGCUCAGAUGACAUGUCCUUGCUGUGCGCCACAUGCUUCAUAGAGGGCUUUCACCAGAAACACGACAUCCUCACCUUCAGCGUGGCCGAGGAGGAGAUGAGACGUGCGCUGGAGAGCCGCAGCAAGGUGAUUUCCAGCCGGCUGCAGAUGACAGAGUGUCUCCUUCAGAAGACGGCAGAGGAGCAGGGAGCCUCUGAAGCUGUUGGAGACAAACUGGUGAACAAGGCCGUCACUGUGAUGGACAGUAUUGCUGCAUUAGUGGACAGGUACAGGGAGCGUCUCCACGUGCUGCUGGAGGAGGAGAGAGGCCAGCGCAGAAACAGCUGGCAGCAAGGACUGAGCAUGCUGGAAAUACAACAGCAGCAGCUGCUGGAGGCUCAGCAGAGUGCUGCAGAGGUCCUCAGUGAGACUCACGCAUGUGUCUUCAUACACAGGUUUAUGCUGAUCGAACAUAAGCUGAGAGAAGCCGCUGCAAGUCCCAUGCCUUCAAAGAUCCCCUUAAAGGCUCCGCUCAACACAAAGCGUCUCCAGGUGGGCCUGAAAACCCAAGACUUCCGUACAGAAAUGGCCCACCUCCUGGAUUCUCUUCAUAUCCUCCUCAGCCCCUUGGACCUGACCUUCAACCACAUCACUGCCAACCCCAGCCUCAUCAUCUCCAAUGAUUUACGCACGGUCAAGUUCAGCUCCACCAAGCAGUCAUACAUGGAGCACCCAGAGCGCUUCAUGAGUGCACCCCAGGUCCUGUGCAGCCAGGGAUUCUCUGGAGGUGAGCAUGUGUGGGUGGUAGAAGUGGGCCCUAAAACCCAGUGGUCUCUGGGGGUGUGCUACAAGAGCAUCCCUCGCCGCGGUGACCACAGUCGCUUGGGACAUAACUCUGUGUCCUGGAGGUUGCAGUGGAAAAACGGAAAGCUGACGGUGUGCCAGUCGUCCUGCAAUGUGGCUCUGGGGGAAAUGACCAAUCAGCCGCAGAGGAUUGAGGUAGCACUGGACUAUGAGGGAGGAACGUUGAUUUUUCACAGCACCAAAGGGCGCAGAGAGCACCUCCACACCUUCAGGACUGUGUUCAAGGAGCCGGUUUAUCCAGCGUUCAGCAUCCACUCCAACACAUCAGAGUCCUGGAUCACUCUGCAAAGUGGGAUGUAAACUUUUUUAUGUGUCAUUCAAGCAAAACAAUCAGUUUCCUACUGCACACUAAAUAGCUAUGACAUUGCAAAAUGAACUUUUAUGAUUAACAUAGAGCAAAAGUCUGAAUAUACUACUAUAUACUAUAACCUGUGUAUGGACUGUAUACCGCUGCAGCAUCUCUGAUGCAGUCAAAUGAUGCUCCAGCUAACUAUAAACUACUUUCAGAUUCAUGCAAGUAUUUCUGGGAUAAAAAGCAAAAACAAACAAACAAAAAAAUGCAUUGGAGGGACAAGCUGCAAACACAUGCAUGAAGGUAUUUUGUGAAUAAUAAGACAGCACUCACAGAUGUAAAGAAUUGGGCUGUCAAAUGAUGAAUUUUUAAUUGUGACUUAUCACAGAGUUAAUCGUGAUUUUUCUCCUUUUAGCAGCAUUUUGAAAGUCUACAUAUUUAAGACUGUUUUUUUUCUUUUCUUCACUGUCUAAAAAUAUGGGUAAUUGACUUCCUGUUUGGAUGAAGACCUGCUUUUAUUUUGAAAAGAAACACAGAACCCUCGGUAGAUCAAAGAUUUUGACAUGAAAAAAAGAUGUUGGCAUGGAUUGAAAAGGAAAUAAGGGAUAGAAUGUUAAAAAAAAAAAACCUUAAUAACAAGAUUGUGAGUUUUUCAAACUGAAGUUAAGAUAUUCAAAAGGGCAGUGGUGGCUUACUUUACAUCAUAGUGACUGCAGGGAGACGUUGCAGUGCUUGACCAAAUUUUGCUGACAUGGACAAUAAAGCACAAGAUUAAAGACAAUUCAUGCACUUAUUAUGGACAUUAAAUGCAUUAAAAUUAUUGGAUUAAUAGUAACAGUGCUAAUCAGGGGCACAGCUAGGGAUUUUGGGCCCCCAGAAAGAUUAUUACACAGGACCACUCCUUAACUGGCGAGCCGAGCAAAAAAUGUUGCAUUGUUUUUUACAAAUAUCUAUGCAUUUUAAUGUAUUUUUGAAGCACAA